UUUUUGUUUCAUAACAUGGCUGUGUAUUUGAUAGGUUUUAUUGAUUAAAUAUACAUCUUAAGACAUUUGGGACGUUCUAAAAAGAUACAUUUUGGAUAGGUUAAAGAAUUCAUUACCAAACAAAGGAAUAUGGAAGGAAGAAGCCAACUUGCAUUACUUAUUGUACUGCACACGUUAAUACCGGGAUGCAGCCUCCUGCUUUUAAACAACGAUUCGCCAUUUUUCUCAAAGGUAGCUUGGCUUGACCACAUCUCCACCAACCAGAAGAACUACGGUGUGGCUGUCGUCGACGUCAACCACGAUGGACGCCCGGACUUCGUCGUAGCGGGCUACAGUGGCCCUAACUUUGUGUUCACGUAUGACAAUGCCACUGGACGGGCCUCGAACAUUGCCCUGGAGGGAACUCCAUUUGAGAGCCUGAGAGAUGUACCCGGAAACGCAAUAGGUGUUGCGGCGUGCGACAUUGACGGUGACGGGAAGGAGGAGAUAUAUUUCCUUAACACAAACCAGGCGUACGCGGGCCGGGCAGCUUACGGUGACAAGAUAUUCAAGUGGCGGGACGGGCGCUACGUGGACCUGUACUCGGACCCUCACAACAUAAAUAUGCCCGCUAAGGGGUUCGCCGGCCGCUCAGUGGCGUGUGUGGACCGAAAGGGGACAGGGAAAUACGCCUUCGUGGUCGCGACUUACUCGUACCAGAGUCAAGGUGCGUUUGCCCUGGUGGAGAUGGACGAAGCGGCGAGCGACCUCAACACCGGAAUUAUCAAGUUACGGAACGUCGGUGAGGAGGCGGGCAUCGCUAGGAGCACAGGAGGGCGUGGUAUCGUCGUUGGACCCAUUCUCGGCAACAACGGGGUGUCUGACAUUUUCUUCGGUAACGAGGGUAACCGAAGAAUGUUUAACGCAGGGGCCAACUUCCUGUUUAGGAACCUCGGCAAUGGCACAUUCCAGGAUGUGGCGGACAGCACCGGCGUCCUUGACGGAAAUGAGAACGUCCGCGGCAUUGCACUGGCGGAUUUCAACAGGGACGGUUAUGUGGAUAUAGCCUACGGCAACUGGGACGGCCCCCACCGGCUGUAUAUUCAGAAGAGAGAUAACGGCACAGUGACGUUCGAAAACGUUGCUACUGGCUCGUACGCUACACCAACACCUAUCAGGACUGUUAUUGCCGCUGACUUUGACAAUGAUGGCAUACUUGAAGUGUUACAAAAUAAUAUAUUUUAUCGUAGCCAGCAGCCCAAUAAAUUGUUUAAAAUAGUUCCGGAAAAUGGUCAAAUAGAUAUUCAAACGUUGAAUAUUGGCGACGCUCUGGAACCAGAAGGCUAUGGCACUGGCGGAGCAGUGACAGACUUUAAUGGCGACGGAAAACUGGAUCUCAUGCUUUCACAUGGCGAGGGAAAUUCACAGCCACUGACUGUAUUCACAGUCAAUCCAGGAAACAACAACAACUGGAUACGUAUCCAACCGAGGACGCAGUUUGGGGCGCCGGCGCGCGGGGCCGCUGUAAAAGUCACUUCUUCUGCCGGAACGAACCACUUGCACGUAAUAGACGGCGGAUCGGGUUACCUGUGCGAAAUGGAGCCUUACGCGCACGUUGGCCUGGGCACCGAGACGCCGACACAGCUGACUGUCCAGUGGCCGGACGGAACCUCCAGUACACGUGUACUUACCACAACUGACAUGAACAAAGUACACAUCGUCGACAAACCUUCACAGUCAUCAGAAGGGACAAUGGGGGAGUUUGCGGCAGGUGGUGACUGCCCGAGUGGGAAAUGGAAAGCUCAACAAUACCAGGAUCUGCCGGUACUAUGCGAAGGUGAUCGAGUCAAUCGAGGUCCUGGCUGGACAUGGACGGACGAGAACCGUGGCGGGGCGGGCGUGGUGAUGGACGGCGCAGACUCCAGAUAUAUUUCCUAUUACAUCCAGCGAGGUGAUCCCUACUGGGUGCUUGUCCGCUGGGACGUAAACGGACUCACCCUACCCUACCGGAUGGGCUCUCGUGGCGAACAAGACCUUUGCCGCUGCCGCGACUGUGGGCGGACACCGGAAUGCCAGUGUUCAUGCUAAUAUAAUUAUAAUGCCCUCUGUGGUCAAACACGCCAUAUGUGAACUGAAUGCGUUCCGUUCUCUAUUACUUUGUUAAAAUGACUGCCAUAUAAUAAUAAUAAUAAUAAUAAUAAUAAUAAUAACACAACUUUAUUUAACGAAGGUUACAUACUAAGUGUACAAUCAUUACAGACAUACUACUUAUUUCCAGCAUGGCCUUCACACAAAAAGUAUUACAAAAACACAUAUGCUAAUUAAGCAACAUAAAAAAAAAACAUACAAACACACUAUCACUAUCAUACAUUUCUUCGACAAACACAACUCAGUUUAAUAUGAUGAUUAUAAAUUACAAUAAUUUCACACUGUAAAUAAUGUAGAUAUAUUCAGUAAAACCACAUUCAAUCAAUAUAUUUUCAACAUUUACAUAUUUGGUAGUAUCCAUUACAAGUUGUUGCAAGAAUGUCAUAUACGUACAUUAACACAAUUCACAAUUCAUGUAAACAAUGAACUUUUUAUUAUAAUGUGAAUUAAAUAAAGUGUCAAGAUUGUUUUUCAUGUGAUAAAAUUAUUCUGCCAAUAAAAAGCCUUUUAAUGCAUGUUUAAAGGCUGGUAGCUUAUCUUUACAUUUAAUGUAUGUAGGAAGAGAAUUCCAAAUUUUCAUUGCUUUAUAGGCAAAUGUAUUUUUGAUAUAGUUUGUUCUAGGUUUAACAACAAAAAAAUCCUUGUUUUCUGAAGAACGCAAGCUAUAGUGCUCAUUUUUGGCAAAUGUUAACGAAGGAGUCAAACAUUUCAUGCUUUUGAAAACAGUUAAUGAAAGAUGAUAAUAGCACCUGUCUUCAAAAGAUAGCAACCCUGACUGUUUGAAUAUGUUUCCACAGUGGCUAUUUCCCGACUUAAUAUAAUAUAUUUACAUUGUAAUAAGUAUGUUGUUGUUUGACAUGGAUCAUUGUCUACAUGCUGGACUUUACUGUAUAAUGAUUCGUAUAUUUUGGA